AUGGCUUACAACGAUGAUGCUGUACUAGCUAAGCUUUCCGCCUUAAAUGAGACACAGGAAAGUAUCGUCACAGUCGCCCAGUGGGUUAUGUUCCACAGGAGACACGCGGAUAGGACUGGUCAACUGUGGCUUCAACGUUUAAAAGAUUCCGGGAGUAAUAAAAGAUUAAACCUCAUCUAUCUUGCCAAUGAAGUUGCGCAACAAUCAAAAGCGCGUCGCAAAGACGAUUUUUUGAUAGCUUUCUCUCCAGUUAUAGCUGAAGCUACUGCAACGGCGUACAAAGGUGCUACAAGUGAUGUACAGAAUAAAUUGCGAAGGGUUGUUGAAGUAUGGAGACAAAGACAAAUUUUUGAGGUGCCUAUCCAAGAGGCGAUUGAGUCUCGAAUUGAUGAACUGGAUAAGUCCCGAUCAUCUUCAGCUAAACGUGGUGGCUCAUCGAUAUUCUCACCUAACGCUAACGACUUUCCGAGGGAGUUAUCUCCUCUACUUGCUCCCCAACAAGCACUUUCAAAGCUGAUCCUCUCGACAAUGACUUCAACAAAAGCAGCUACUCAAGAUUAUGAAAAACUCACUGAUCCCAACACGGCUAUCUCUUCAGCACCAGUACACGCAGCUAGACUUAAUGGGCUUUUAAAGACACUAGCAAAUGCUGAGGGAGCCGUGGCUGAAAGCAUCAAAGCAAGGCAGAUACUAAUUCAUGGUUUAGAAAAGAUUCUAGACACUAACCGUACCGCAUUAGCUGCUGAGGAGGCUCAGGUUGCGGAAAUUGCAAGUCGGAAAGUUGAGAUAGACAAUAAGAAGAGGGAAGUUGAAGAAGCUAUCAUGCGCGGACUUAGCUCAAAUAGCAAUCCAACUACGCCUGCAGCAGAUGGAGCUCCGACUGUUCAAAGUCUACCUGUGACAACUGCAUCGGAACCAGAUCGUCCUGAGAUUGAACCAUUAUCACCACCGACUUUCCCACAUGCGACCGACCCGCUGAUCGCAGAUUUUAAGCCUGAUCAAGUCUUCCCAACUGAAGACUACGCCAAUUUGUCCUUGACACCACCAGCUAUCGGAUCUGACCUCCUUUCUAGUCUAUCUACUUCUAAUUCAUAUGGAUUGGCACCAGCGAUCGGGAGCGCAAAGAAAAGGAAAAUGGAAUCAAACGAAGACUUUCCUGACCUCGGAGGAGAUGUUAUGGAUGGAUUGGAUGACGACGUCGCGGCUAUGCUGAGACAGGACACUGCUAGUUUCUCAUAA